AUGGCAUUUACGAUAUCAAUGAGACAAACUUUUCUUUCAUUACUAGUUAUCUUAAUUCUGGUGGUACAAUCUGAAGGUGGGGGAAUUGCUAUUUACUGGGGCCAGAAUGGAAAUGAAGGAACAUUAGCUGAGACUUGUGCCAGUGGAAACUACCAUAUUGUCAAUUUAGCAUUUCUCUCGACAUUUGGUGGUGGCAGGACCCCAAUGAUCAACCUGGCUGGUCAUUGCGAUCCCUAUAGUAAUGCUUGUGUAGGCUUAAGCGCUGACAUAAAAGCAUGUCAGGCAAAAGGGAUCAAGGUGAUUCUAUCAAUUGGAGGUGGAGUUGUCAGCUACUCCCUUGAUUCCUCUGGAGAUGCCAGACAAGUUGCUACUUACCUGUGGAACAACUUCCUUGGUGGACAUUCAUCGACUCGCCCUCUAGGCGAUGCAGUUCUGGAUGGAAUUGAUUUUGAUAUCGAAGGAGGCUCAAGCGAACAUUGGGAUGAACUUGCUAGGUAUUUGUCACGAUAUAGCAAUCGAGGUAAGAAAGUGUUCCUGACUGCAGCUCCCCAGUGCCCAUUUCCUGAUCAGUGGGUAGGAGGGGCCCUGAAAACAGGCCUAUUUGACUAUGUUUGGGUUCAAUUUUACAACAAUCCACCCUGUCAAUACACUUCUGGGGAAUUGUCCAAUCUUGAGAACUCAUGGAAGCAAUGGACUUCUUCCAUUCAUUCUACCAAGACUUUCUUUGGAUUACCUGCUGCUCCUGAUGCUGCUGGAAGUGGCUUUAUUCCUGUAAAUAAUUUGACAUCACAAGUGCUUCCGGCUAUUAAGGGCUCUACCAAAUAUGGAGGGGUUAUGUUGUGGUCCAAGUAUUAUGAUGAUGAAACUGGUUAUAGUGCUUCUAUCAAAAGCUAUGUCUAG